AUGGAUGCAGAUAACAAUAUGGAUCAUUCAGCAGUAAGAAUUAACAUCGAAGUUGAAGAUUCCUCAGAAUCAUCUGGCAUUGUUUGCUAUCAGUGUGGCAUAAGUUUUUCAGCCAGAAAAAACUUGUAUCGUCACCAAAGAAAAUAUCAUGCAGAAAAAGAGCCUUCCAUUAUUCUGAACAAAGUUUGUCCUGUUUGUGAUGUUAAGAUGAGAACAAUUGUAGAUAUACAAAAACAUCUGACUGAAAAUCACAAUGGUAUAAAUUUGAAAUUUGAAACCAAAACUUUUCAUACCGAUAAUGAAUUUAAAGAGUGGAAAUCAAGUUUUGAAAAGGAUACAGUUUCUUCUUUUAUCUUAAAAGGCUCUUUCAAAGAAAUGGAUGGGACUGUAUCUUACUAUGAAUGUCACAGAAGUGGCGCUUCAAUUCUGAAGAAUGAUUCAAAGAGAUUUAAGCAUUCGAAGUGUUCAGGAUCAAUUAAAAUAGAGAAAACUUGUCCUGCUACAAUGAAAGUAACAAAUCAGACAGUCCAUGAAGCUACACAAAUUAUAGUGGAAUACCAGGCAACUCAUGUGGGUCAUGAACAUGAAGUGGGGAAAUUAAGACUGACAAAUGAAGAAAGAACGGGACUCGCUGAGAUGCUACGAAAUGGAAUUCCAUCCAGUUUUGUGCUUGACAAAGUUCAACAACAAUAUUCCCCUACCAAACGAUUUGGACUGACAAACAGAAAAGAUAUACAUAAUAUCCGAAGAGAUUUCCGAAUUGAAAAAACAAUAGCCCAUAAAGAAGAUGCAAUAUCCGUGGACAUAAUAGUACAAAAAAUGAUAGCAGAUGAUUAUAACCCCAUCCUUGUUUAUAAACCUAUAGGUGAAAGUCUGUCUGAUUUUCCACAAAUUGGAACAGAGGAGUUUUUACUUGGCUUUGCUACAGAGGCACAAAUGAAACUUCUAGAACUGUAUGGGGAAAAAUGCAUUAUGUUGGAUUCAACCCAUGGUACAAACCAGUAUGGAUUCCAGCUAACAACUAUUUUAGUUAAUGAUGACAAUCAUGAGGGUAUACCUGUAGCAACUUUAUUCUCAACGAGAGUAGCCUGUGAAACUUUUGAACCAUUUUUCAAGGCUAUCAAAUUAAAACUGAAAGAAGACUUUAAAACAAAAUUAAUCUUAACAGAUGACACAAACUCAUUUUGCAAUGCAUGGACAAACAUAUUUCAAGAUGAUGCCAAACAUAUAUUGUGCGCAUGGCAUGUUUUAAGAAAUUGGCAUUCCAAUUUAAAGGGAAAAGUUAAAGAUGAAACUUUAAGACUUAAAAUGAAAAAUGAUAUGGAACUAUUUUUACAUGAAUUAGAUGUUGUAACAUUCGAAAAAUAUUUAAAGGAAUUUACUAUUAAAUACGAAGAAGAAACUACUUUUUUAAAAUAUUUUGAGGAACAUUACAUGAAUAGAAAAGAAAAGUGGGCAUAUUGUCAUAGAGCUCAAUUGGGUGUAAAUACUAAUAUGAAACUUGAGAGAUGGCACAGACAGCUGAAGUAUGAAGAAACAGGUGGGACAAUAAUGAAACGAUUGGAUAAAUCGAUUCAUGUUGUUCUGAAAGCUGUUACAAAGAAACUCCUGGGCAGAAUAAUAUCAAUUGAAAGAGGAAAACUAACUCAUAGAGUAAGCUUAAUAAGAAAAAGACAUCUUGUUGCUCAAAAUUUAGACGAGAAGAUGUACUCUGUCUACGAGGUGAAAGAACAUCAAUGGACAGUGGCCAAAGUGGAAGGGUCAUCCAUAUUUACUUACGAUAUCAGCAUAGGUAACAGAGAUUGCAAAUGUGAUAUAAUAUGUUCACACUGUGGCAUAUGCAUACAUACAUUAACUUGCACCUGUGUUGAUUAUAAUAUCAGGUAUGUUAUAUGCAAGCAUAUUCAUUUUUUUUGUAAAACAGUUAACUUUUCCAUUAAGACUGAUGCUGCCAGUAUCUGCUCAAAUGCAGAUGAUGCUAAUGAAGGAGAACUUGCCAUUGCUGUAAAUGAGCAUAAAGAGCUGCAAUCAUUUGAAAAGUCUGCUAUUGUCAAUCAACUGCAGAGAAAAUCAAGAACUGACAUCAGUGCUCAAAAGGCUUCAUUAGUUUUAAGAUUACAAAAUAUUAGUAAUCAAAUACAAGCACUGGAAGCUUUGGAAGAUUUAAAUGGUGCAGCUGAGCUUACUAAAACUUUAGAAAUGUACUUGCAAACAGUUUCAUCUAAGCGUUCAUUACCAUCUAUACCUGAUGAAGUAAAAAAUACACCUACUAAUAAGGUAAUUGAUCCUCAAAGGAAAUUUACCAAUAAAAAAAAAUAUACAUGCAAAUAA